AUGGAGUCAACCAAGCCCAUGAGUGAGAACAUCGAGCAUGCUAUCCCCACAAAGGGGAUGGAAGCUCAGAUUGAGAAGGGAAACACUCCCAUCAUGCGCACCAAGGAAGAUGACCUUGGUGUAUGGCAAAGCGUGAGGAGAUACAAGUGGGUGUCUACCUUGGCAAUGGUUGCAGCUUUUAGUGCGUCAUUGGAUGGCUACCAAAUCAAUCUGAAUGGUGGUAUCGUCGCCAACAAGGGUUUCAUUCGUCAGAUGGCCACUCCUGGGACAAAGAUCAUCAACAGUAAAUAUGUCUCUGCGUGGGGUGGUAUCCAGGCUGCUGGUCAAACCAUUGGGCAAAUUUUUCUUCAAUACGCCACUGAAAAAUAUGGUCGAAAGGCAGCUUUUUACACUCUAACUGUUUUCCUUACAGCGAGUAUCUUCGCAGAGACAUUCAGCACUUCUUGGGCCCACUGGCUUGUGGCAAAACUCCUCUCAGGCAUGGGUGUCGGCAUGUUACAAGCCACUCUGCCGUUCUACAUCUCAGAGAUUGCACCAACCCAGUUGAGGGGCUUCCUUAUUAAUGCAUACACUUUUUGGUUCGUUCUAGGGCAGCUAUUUGCUUCAGUAGCACUCAACAGACUCAAUGCUCACCAUCCGUACGACUUCCGAACUGCUAUUUAUAGUCAGUGGGCUAUGAUUGGAAUUUCCGUCAUUAUCAUUCUGGUUAUUCCCGAAUCGCCUUGGUGGCUAGUCAGCAAGGAUAAGCAAACCCAAGCCGCCAAGAUUCUUCAGCAAUUUUAUGGUCGGGUUGAAGGAUAUGAUGUUCAGGAAAAAAUUAAUGCAAUGACGGCCACGGUCGCUGAGGAGCGUCGUAUUGCGAAGGAAAACGCACAAGAGGGGAUGUGGGCUAUUUUCCGUGGUCGAAACGGUGUCCGAUUUAUCAUUGCAGCAUGGCCAAAAAUCACACAACAAUUCGUUGGACUGUCCGUGUUCAAUACUUAUGCUACCUAUUUCUUCCAAUAUGCUGGCAACAAGGAUCCAUUCCUGGUGACUCUCAUCCUCUCUUGCUGUCAAAUCAUCGCAAUGAUCUUCACUUCGACACUCACAGACCGCUUUGGCCGUCGGCCCCUUACUGUGUGGCCCUAUGCUGUCACAGUGUUAUCUGUUCUUUGCCUCGGCAUUAUCGGAUGCGUUGACUACACGCAAAAAGCCACCAGUUCCCUUCUGAUCUUCUUUGCGUGCUUGGCAACUUUUUCCACUACUGGUGCCUCCGCUAUUGGAUAUGCCUAUGCCGCCGAAGUCCCUAGACAGUCUCUGAGAGCGCAGACGGCCGGCUGGUCUCUGGCUUCUUCAAAUCUCCUCUCAAUCAUGUUCAGCUUCUGCACACCCUUGAUGAUCAAUGGGAAUGCUCAUUGGGGUGUCAAGACCGGUUUCUUCUUCGCAGCUACUGGCGCUGUUGCGGUGAUCAUUGGAUGGUUCAUUUUGCCUGAAGUAUCACUCCGAACCCCGGGCGAAAUUGAUGAAUUGUUUGAAAAGAAGGUGAACUUUCGCAAGUUCAAGGGACACGUCACCGAUGUUGAGAUUAUUGCGAGGGCGCACUCUGGAACAGUCUCCCAGGCUUAUGUGUAA